CCAUUGUUACACUAAUAAAGCAAAACACAAAGUUGGACUCUGUAUUCUCUUCACACGCUUUCCUCCUCCUUCUCGUGACUCUCAAAAGCACAAAAAAAAAGAAGAAUUUGUGAUUUAUAUUAGAUUCAUAGAAAAUCUAAAGAGCAUCGAUGUUCCUGUGAUCUUCAAUGGGUCUUUGCUCAGCUCAACUUGCUGUAACAUGCUUUUUCAUAGUACUAGUACCUCAUGUUCUGUCUCAAGUUGCAGAGUUUAUAAGUAUAGAUUGUGGUGGCUCAAGUAACUACACGGACCCCAAAACUGGACUAGGAUGGGUUUCAGAUUCAGAGAUCAUCCCACACGGAAAGCCAGUAACUUUAGCCAACACCAAUUCGAGCUCGUUGCAAUACACUAGGAGAAGAGAUUUUCCAACGGAUAACAAGAAGUAUUGUUACAGGCUCAGCACCAAAGAGAGGAGGAGAUACAUUUUCAGGACUACAUUUCUCUACGGUAGCUUGGGCAGUGAAGAAGCUUACCCGAAGUUUCAACUCUACUUAGAUGCAACCAGAUGGGCUACAGUGAGUGUUACUGAGGUCAAUAGGGUGUAUGUUGAGGAGUUGAUUGUGAGGGCAACUUCUAGUUAUGUGGAUGUGUGUGUGUGCUGUGCUAUCACUGGCUCUCCUUUCAUGUCUACUCUGGAGCUUCGACCGUUGAAUCUCUCCAUGUAUGCCACUGAUUAUGAAGAUAAUUUCUUCUUGAAGGUUGCUGCUAGAGUCAAUUUUGGUGCUCCAAGCAUGGAUGCAUUGAGGUACCCAGAUGAUCCAUAUGACAGAAUCUGGGAGUCAGAUGUUAAUAGACGGCCAAACUAUCUCGUUGGUGUAGCUCCUGGGACGAUAAGAAUCAACACAUCAAAGCCUGUAAACACGUUGACCAGAGAGUAUCCUCCUAUGAAAGUCAUGCAAACAGCAGUAGUUGGCACUCAAGGACUGAUCAGCUAUAGAUUAAACCUGGAGGACUUCCCUGCCAAUGCUCGUGCAUAUGCUUACUUUGCUGAGAUUCAAGACCUUGGUGCUAAUGAAACCAGGAAAUUUCAGUUGGUUCAACCGUAUUUCCCUGGCUAUAGUAAUGCAGUGGUGAAUAUCGCUGAGAAUGCUAAUGGUAGCUACACUCUCUAUGAACCUAGCUACAUGAAUGUGACUUUUGAUUUUGUUUUGUCGUUCUCGUUCGGGAAGACAAAGGAUUCUACACGAGGGCCGCUCCUUAAUGCGAUUGAAAUUAGCAAGUAUCUACAGAUAUCUUUGAAAACUGAUAAGAAUGAUGUGUCUGUUCUUGAUGCAAUUCGGUCGAUGUCUCCUGGUAGCGAUUGGGCCAAUGAAGGAGGAGACCCUUGUGUCCCAGUUCUUUGGUCGUGAAUAAGCUGUAGCUCAACCUCGCCACCUAGAGUCACGAAAAUUGCUCUAUCGAGGAAAAAUAUAAGGGGUGAGUUUCUGCCUGAGAUCAAUCAUAUGGAGGCAUUGACAGAGUUGCGGCUUGAUGGUAAUGGUUUGACUGGUGUCCUUCCGGACUUGAGCAAACUUGUCAACCUGAAAAUCAUGCAUCUAGAAAACAACCAACUUAGUGGAUCACUCCCAGCAUACCUUGGCCAUCUACCAAACCUACAAGAAUUGUUCAUAGACAAUAACUCUUUCAGAGGAACGAUUCCUUCAGCAUUGCUAAAGGGGAAAGUUUUGUUCAAGUAUAAUAAUAAUCCAGAGCUUCAGAACGAGGGAAAGCAAAAGCACUAUUGGCUGAUACUAGGGAUAUCAAUAGCAGCUGUUGCAAUUCUAUUGCUGCUAGCUGGAGGAGGUCUUGUUUUACUCUAUGUUCUCAGGAAGAAGAAAAGUGCUGACAAAGGUAACUCCACGGGGACUAAGAAAAAAGGUUUGGCAGCUUAUUCAGCUGUGAGGGGCGGACACUUGUUAGAUGAAGGUGUAGCAUAUUUCAUAUCCCUUCCUAUCCUUGAAGAGGCCACUGAUAAUUUCUCCAAGAGAGUUGGAAAAGGAAGUUUUGGGUCUGUCUACUAUGGCAGGAUGAAAGAUGGGAAAGAAGUUGCGGUCAAGAUAACUGCAGAUCCUUCUAGCCACUUGAACAGACAAUUUGUCACUGAGGUUGCUCUGUUAUCAAGAAUCCACCACAGGAACUUGGUGCCUUUGAUUGGAUACUGUGAAGAAGCAGAUAGGCGUCUAUUGGUUUACGAAUAUAUGCACAAUGGAACCUUGGGAGAUCACUUACACGGUACAAGCGACUACAAGCCAUUAGACUGGCCAACUCGGCUACAAAUUGCACAAGAUGCUGCCAAAGGUCUUGAAUACUUGCAUACUGGCUGCAAUCCUAGCAUCAUUCAUAGGGAUGUGAAGUCAAGCAAUAUACUCCUGGACAUCAACAUGAGAGCCAAAGUAUCUGACUUUGGACUCUCGAGGCAGACGGAGGAAGACGUGACUCAUGUGUCCAGUGUCGCAAAAGGAACCGUUGGUUACCUUGAUCCAGAGUACUAUGCUAGCCAGCAGCUGACAGAGAAGAGCGAUGUCUACAGUUUCGGAGUUGUUCUCUUUGAGUUACUCUCUGGAAAGAAACCAGUCUCAGCUGAAGAUUUUGGUCCUGAACUUAAUAUAGUUCACUGGGCAAGAUCACUGAUCCGUAAAGGAGACGUGUACGGGAUCAUAGAUCCAUGUAUAGUAGACAACGUGAAGAUCGAGUCAAUCUGGAGAGUGGCAGAGGUGGCAAACCAAUGCGUUGAGCAGCGUGGGCAUAACAGACCAAGGAUGCAGGAAGUGAUUGUGGCCAUACAAGAGGCGGUCAGGAUCGAGAGAGGAAACGAGAACGGGCUAAAGUCAUCGAGUUCGAGCAGCUCAAAGGCGCAGUCAUCUCGUAAGACGUUGCUCACUAGCUUCCUCGAGAUGGAGAGUCCUGACAUCUCAAGAAACAGCUUAGCUCCAGCUGCUAGGUGACGAGUCCUUCUCCUCUUGAAGGCUCAAGCUCUCAUCUUUUUUGUACACUUUGUGGGAGUUACUAUCUUCAUAUAUAUGAAUGUGUGUGUAUGUAUGUAAUGCAGUAUGUGUAUUUUUAAUGUAUCGACACACUUUCUUACAUUAACUCUAUAGAUAAUGAAAACUAGAACCACCAA